AAUACUGCAGGAGAAAAUAUGUAUAGACAUCUGCGAAGUUUGUUUGGAAAUAAAACGAACAUCUAUCGUAGAAGAGCAGAGAAUUACCAAUUAGAAGUUGGAAGGACUUCCACAGUGUAAGUUGCACAUGAUCAAACAGAAAAAGGUUUAACUUUGACGAGCAACUCAAUCGCACCACCACCGGACCACAAGAACCCUGUUGAUCAUCGCCAUGGCAACGAGAGGAAUUCUGUCACUUCGAUUCAACCAAGACCAAGGUUGUUUCAGCUGUGGAACCGAGACAGGACUUCUUAUCUACAAUGCAGACCCUCUUGCUCUCAAGUUAAGAUUAGACAAGGAGGAUGUUGGGAGUGUUUGUCAGGUUGAGAUGCUUCACAGAACCAAUCUCAUAGCUGUAGUGGCUGGAGGAGCUACCCCUAAGUUUGCAGAGAACACAGUUCUUAUAUGGGACAACCUGAAGAAGAAGUUCAUCCUGGAAUUCACCUUUCCUGCCCUGGUACUGUCUGUUAGACUUACCAGAGAGAGAUUGAUAGUUGCACUGCGGACAAAAGUCUACGUCUACAGCUUUCCUGAUAACCCACAGAAAUUGAUGGCGAUUGACACUCGACCAAACCCUAAUGGUAUAUUAGAAGCAUGCCCGACAUCUGAUCACCCACUGAUCGUCUUCCCUGGUCACAAGUCAGGGAGCAUCCAGUUGGUCGACCUCUCCCUGGCCCAACCAGGCAAGUCAUCAGCUCCAAUCACCAUCAAUGCUCAUCAGGGUGAUAUCCACUGUAUAGCCAUCAACCAAGAGGGCAGUCUUGUUGCGACGGCGUCAACUAAGGGUACCCUGAUCCGAGUGUUUGACACCCUCAACAAGCGUCUAGUCAUUGAAUUACGAAGAGGUUCUGAUCCUGCUACUCUGUACUGCAUAAACUUCAGCAAUGACUCUGCCUAUCUGUGUGCUUCUAGUGAUAAGGGAACAGUUCACAUCUUUGCAUUGAAAGAUUCGUCAUUGAACAAGAGAUCAUCGUUGGCCAAAGUUGGACUAUUAGGACCCUACGCUGAAUCUCAAUGGGGGCUCACAAACUUCACUGUCCCUGCAGAGUGUGCGUGCAUAUGUGCCUUUGGCCCUCAGUCGUCCGUCAUCGCCAUCUGCAUCGAUGGAACGUUCCACAAGUACGUCUUCACUCCGGAGGGGGGUUGCAAUCGCCAGGCUUACGAUGAGUAUCUGGAGCUGGGAGAUGACGAUGAAUUCUGAGGAGAAGCGAGGGGCCCGUUUCACAAAUCCUUUUUACAAUGACAAAUGACAAAAAUCAGUGACAAAGCUGCUGAUAACCAAUCAGAAGCAAGGGUUUCAGUAGCUUAUAACAAAAACUGUCAUUGGUCACUGAUGACAAGUUUUGUGAAAUGCCCCCCAGGAGCUACAUUGUAAGGUUCUUUUCCACCUGCUGCUUUGCCACUGGAAGAUCUGAGAGUGGUUACAGGUUUGGAGCACCAUACGGGACGUAAACCCUUGUAUGAUCCUUGUUCAACAGUCGUCGCAGUUGCUGGCCUGCCACCUUUGCUGAUAGGCACAGGCAACUAAUUUGAUACCAAUAUAGUUUCUUGAAUGCAUUGUUAAGGUAAUUUGUACCAGCAUGUUUUGGCUGUUUAUAAGCACUCCAAACUAUAUUGCUGUCACAUAAAUGUCAUUAAUUUAGGUGACAUUGUGAAAUAAUGAAAUGAUGCUGCUGAUUAUUCGAACUGUGAGACAAAUCAAGAAGUCAACAAACUUGUAUUUAUGUGUGUUUGACCAUGGUCUUUAUUGAUAGCUGAUUAUCAUUAUUUAUCUCUUUUUCAAUCAGACUAGUCAGUAAAGUAAUCAUAGUGAAAAGAAUAACAAACGGCAAUGAAUGCAAAUCAUUACUUCGAGCAUUAUAAUGUCAAGAGCGAUCUGUAAGGAAUCAUUAGAGGACCCAGCCGGGUGACAAAGUAAUAUAUUUUGACUAGCCGUAACAAUUUGUCCCUUCGCCUUGCACUGCGAUAAAACCGCAGUGUGAAAACGAAUGGAGCUCCCCCAUCCCUUGCUGAUAAGCGAGUGAACUGUGUACAGUCCCUGGUUUUGCACAGACAAGAUACACAUUAUGGAGUAUGUAAUUCAAGGGUGAGCGAAGAUGACUUCCCGCCUGAAACCCUGAGCAUUACACACGGCAUAUGCCAUGCAACCUCAGCUUUUUUUUUGCAACAGAGCCGAGAUUGGAAACCGAAAA